AUGUCCACACGCAAACGCAACGAAUGGCUCGACGCCGAAGAAAGCGACGACGAUGAGCGCGGCUACAGCUCGGAAGAAGAAAGCAGAGCGCACACCCUGCCCUCCGCCAAACGCCAGAAAACCGACCACUCCUCCGGCGCCUCAGACUCCGAAGACGACGCAGAACCAGACGACUCGACCUCGGACCCCAUAUCCAGCAAGAACGCCGAACUCGCACGCCUCGAAGAACUCGCCGCUGGCCUCCCCCAGGACCUAAAGCUCGCAGCCGACAAACUCGGCGGCAAACCCAUAGACCUGAAAGCGCCCAAGAAAGACAAAUCCGGCGUAAUCUACAUCUCCCGCGUCCCGCCGUUCAUGAAGCCCACGGUCCUGCGCUCCCUCCUCACCCCCUACGGCGCCGUCGGCCGCAUAUUCCUGACGCCCGAAGACACAACGUCGCGGCAGCAGCGCCUGCGCGGGGGAGGCACGCGGCGCAAGCUGUUCCUCGACGGGUGGGUCGAGUUCACGCAUAAAAAGGACGCAAAGUUUGUCGCUGAGAACUUGAAUGCGCAGACCAUGGGCGGCAAGAAGAGAGGGAGAUGGCACGAUGAGGUCUGGAACAUCAAGUAUCUGACCGGUGUGAAGUGGGCGCAUCUCGUGGAGCAGAUCCAGAAUGAGAAUGCGGAGCGCGCGGCGAGGUUGAGAUUCGAGAUUCAGCAGAGUAAGAAGGAGAACAAGAGGUUUUUGGAGAAUGUGGAGAGGGGGAAGAUGGAGAGCGGGAUCAAGGCGACACGGCAGAAGAGGGGCGAGGAUACGGAUGGGUUGGAGGAG